AUGUCCGAUCUGGACAGAUUCCAUGCCCAGGAGGGCCUGGUUUUUGGCUUCGUCCCUGCUCAGGUUGUUGCGGAUCUGAAAGACAUAGGAAACUGGAAGGUGAGGGCGUGUGCCAUCGACGCGCUGCACAGAACCCUCCUGAACGCCAAGGGCAAGGGCGAUGUCGCGCGGAACCUGCCGGAGCUUCUGGACUUCCUCAUGGCGCUCGUUGGAGACCCAAACUUCAAGAUCUCGCUGUCAAGCAUGCAGAUCAUCGGAGACCUGGUGGCCAAAGUGGGGAGAGAGCUUUCGCCAUUUCUUGGGGGACUCGUGCCGAAGCUCAUUGAAAAGUUGGGAGACAAUAAAAUUAUGGUCAGGCAGGCGGGCAUACAAGUGCUUAGGAAGCUCAUGGCUGCCCUGGGACCGAUGCCGGUGCUGGACAUGCUGGCGCAGGGGCGCCGGCACGGCAGCUGGAGGGUCAGGGAGGAGGUCGCAAUCAUGCACAUCAUGGUUCGUGGAGAGACCAUGAAGAGCAACAAAAUUGUGGAUUUGCAUGAAUUCAUCACCUGA